AUGGCCCCUAUGCUGGAAUUCCGCACCCAGGGCUACAACCCCUACGCUGUGAAGUAUUCGCCUUACUACGACUCGCGCAUCGCUGUCGCAUCGUCAGCUAAUUUUGGCAUCGUUGGAAAUGGUCGAGUCUUUUGUUUGGGUCUGACGGCCCGUGGUGUCGAGGUCGAGACGACAUUCGACACAAACGAUGCACAAUAUGACUUGGCUUGGUCUGAAAUUAACGAAAACCAGCUCGUCGUGGCCUGCGGCGAUGGCUCAAUCAAGCUCUUCGACCUAGGCGUCAAGGACUUCCCUGUCAUGAACUUCCAUGAACACAAGCGCGAGACCUUCUCUGUCAACUGGAGUCCUAUCACAAAGGACACUUUUGUAUCGAGCUCAUGGGAUGGCACAAUUAAGCUGGUGAGUUGGCAAAACCCCAUUACCUCCUCUGUCGCGCCGAAGGCAUGGUCGCCGACCCGUGAUCACUCCCUCCGCACCCUCCCCGUCGGAAACUGUACCUAUAGCGCCUCUUUCCAGCCCUCCAACCCGAAUAUCAUCUCCGCCGUCUCAUCCGACUCCCAGAUCCGCAUCUUCGAUCUUCGCACGCCCGUCUCUUCGCGGUACCACCUGACCUCUAUGAUUCCCGUCCACGCCGCAGGGCCCUCGUUCCCUUCUGCCGCUCCUGGCGAGGUGCUCACGCACGACUGGAAUAAGUACCGCGAUACUGUCAUAGCCACAGGAGGCGUCGACCGCGCCGUCCGCACCUUUGAUAUCCGCAACCCUACCGCCGGACCCGUAGCGGUAAUGCAAGGGCACGAGUACGCCGUCCGCAGGCUAGCAUGGAGCCCGCACGCCGCAGACCUGUUACUGACUGCGAGUUACGAUAUGACGGUCAGGCUAUGGGACGAUCGCUCGAACGCGCCGCCCCAGGGACCUGCCGGCGCCGCGCAGGUCGGAGCGCAGGUCGGCAUUAUGAACAGGCAUACCGAAUUCGUGGUCGGUGUCGACUGGUGUCUGUUUGGAGUUGGAGGCUGGGUUGCGACGGUUGGGUGGGACGAAAGGGUUCUUUUGUGGGACGCGAAUGCUCUGCUUGCAGGCGGCUGA